AUUGAGUUACGGAAACACGACUUACUACUGUGGCAUCUUAUUAGCGACUUUAGCGGCAGCUAUUUUAGACGUUUACGCAAAAUUUCAACAAAUUGGAUAAGAAUUAUGUCUGCUUGGUCAGCUCUCCGCCGAUCUUCCCCGCUGACCAACCGCAUCUCCGGCGUUCAGCGCUUCCAUUUCCGUCAAUUCUCCGCCGCCGAACCAACUCCUGAAUCUGCUCAGUUUCAGAAGAAUCCUGGAGAUGAUCGAAAGAUCAAUUUGCUAGGAUGGAUUUCGGCCGGGGUUGUUACCAGCUCCGCCGUCGCCCUUUCUCUUCACUCCUUUUCUUCUUCUCCGCCGCAAUUAUCCUUCGCUGAAUGCUCGGCUCCAGCCGCCUCCACUACAUCAACAGCCGUUUCACAAUGGUCACCAGCUCAAAAAAAUAGUCAAUCUAAAUUUUUCUUCGGAGAGGCAUAUAGAAGGAAGAUAUUCUUUAAUUAUGAGAAACGCAUUAGAAUGCGGAGUCCUCCUGAGAAGGUGUUUGAAUAUUUUGCUUCCAUUCGUGCCGAUGAUGGAGAAGUUUUUAUGACACCAGCUGAUCUGAUGCGAGCACUUGUUCCUGUAUUUCCUCCCUCUGAAUCUAACCUUGUAAGAGAUGGAUAUCUCAGAGGGGAAAGGCGUCCGGGUGAAUUGCAUUGUGCGCCAUCAAACUUUUUUAUGCUUUUUGACACAAAUAGCGAUGGUCUAAUAUCAUUCAAAGAGUACUUAUUCUUUGUCACGCUUCUUAGUAUUCCAGAAUCAAGCUUUUCGGUAGCAUUCAAGAUGUUUGACCUGGACUGCAACGGCAAAAUAGACAGAGAGGAGUUUAAGAAAGUGAUGACUUUGAUGCGAGCUCACAAUAGGCAAGGUGCUGUACAGUGUACUGGACUUCGUGCAGGGCACAAAUUGCAUGGAUCACUGGAAAAUGGAGGCUUGUUGGAGUAUUUCUUCGGAAAGAAUGGCAAAGAUCUUCUUGAACAUGAUGUGUUCGUCCAAUUCCUAAGAAAUUUGCAUGAUGAAAUGGUGCAAUUAGAAUUUGCUCAUUACGACUACAAAUUACGAGGGACCAUAUCUGCCAAGGACUUUGCACUGUCAAUGGUUGCGUCAGCCGAUUUGAAGCACCUGAGUAAGCUGCUUGAUCGUGUUGAUGAUUUAGAUAACCAGCCAAAUAUUCACAAUAUUCGCAUUACCCCUGAGGAAUUUAAAAGUUUUGCCGAGAUACGGAGAAAGUUGCAGCCCUUUUCUUUGGCACUAUUUAGUUUUGGACAUAUCAAUGGGUUAUUGACGAGGAAUGAUCUACAGAGAGCUGCCCAACAAGUGUGUGGGAUAUAUCUCACUGACAAUGUCCUGGAUGUGAUCUUCCACGUUUUCGAUACAAACGAAGAUGGAAGUCUAAGUUCAGACGAGUUCGUGAGAGUUCUGCAAAAGCGAGAAAAGGAUAUAGCUCAUCCCACAGAAGCAGGUUUCUUUAGCUUUCUCUCAUGCUGUUGGCAUUGUUCAAACGCAAACUCGAUUUCUGCUAAGAUGUUAUCCUCGUGAGUUCGAGUUUCACCAACAUCGCGACAAGUCUUAUUUGUCAUAACCUGCUACACCUAACAUCUCUCCAUUGUAAUUCUUGGUUCCAGUUGAACUGAUAGGGAGCAGAUUUCGUAAUCGAAAUGUAUAGUUUUGUAUAAUAUAAACAUCUCACUAUUAUUGUUCCCUUCUUGUUGGUGUAUAUUAAUAUAAGGACUCGAUUUUAGUUGGGUUUUGAACUA